AUGUUCAACGCGCUGCCGAAGAGUUUACUUCUACGGACAUCGUCGUCGAUAACACAAACAUGUGUCUCAUCAGCGAACAUAUCAGCCUGUUGUAGCCGGGGGAAUCCGCCUUUAUUGCAACCAACAGACGCUCAAUGGACAAAGAAAAACAAACAUCAACAACGAGAAAUACGAACGAGUGCUGGUUGCCAUCAGGCGAAAAAAGAUUACUACAAAGUGCUGGGCGUUGAGAAAGCUGCAUCCGCAAAAGACAUCAAGAAGGCCUACUUUCAGAUGGCAAAGAAAUAUCAUCCGGAUGCCAAUAAAACAAAAGAGGCUCAAGAGAAAUUUCAAGAAGUUUCCGAAGCAUAUGAGGUGCUAUCCGAUGAUGGGAAACGCCGUGAGUAUGAUACGUUUGGCACGACUGGUGGUUCUGGUGGAAUGGGUGGUCCGCAAGGUGGUGGUUUUUACAAAUAUCAAAGCCGCCACAUGAGUCCCGAGGAUUUAUUCCGCGAAGCUUUUGGUUUUGGAAAGGGAAGUGGAAUCAAUUGGGACUCGUUCGCCGAUUCAAAUUUUGGGCAAAGUCGUGCUGAAGAGAUUGAGCUUCGUCUCACUUUUGAAGAGGCAGCUCGUGGUGUGGCCAAGAAUAUAGACGUGAAUGUGGUGGAAAAUUGUCAAAGUUGUGCCGGCACGCAGGUUCAACCUGGGUAUAAAAAGGUCUCUUGUCCCUAUUGCAAUGGGACGGGUCUUAUUUCGCAACGGGUUCAAAAUGGUUUUUACUUCCAACAAAGUUGCAAUAGGUGUUUCGGAACUGGCGCAUACAAUAAAAAUCCCUGUCAUGAGUGCGUUGGAAAGGGGCAAACGGUGCAACGGAGGCGUGUUCAAGUAAGCGUCCCUGCAGGUGUGCGCAACAAGGAGCAGCUUCAAAUGUCGGUUGGAAAGAAUUUCGUCUUGAUCUACUGUUCAGUUGAACCGUCCGCGCGCUUUCGACGAGAAAACGAUGACAUUCACUGUGAUGUCGAGAUUUCCAUUGGACAGGCGGUGCUUGGUGGCACGGUUAAGGUUCCCGGCAUUUACGAAGACACCCAUGUACACGUGCCUGCUGGAACAAACUCGCAUACAAGAAUGAAGUUGUCAGGCAAAGGAAUCAAACACUUGAACCAAAGCGGCUAUGGUGAUCAGUACCUCAACAUAAAGAUCAUGGUGCCAAAGUUUUCAAAUGCCGAACAACGGGCAAUCAUUUCCGCAUUUGCACAGACAGAGACGUUACCCAGCGGCACUGUCAAACUUGAGCUUAUGAAAGAAAUGAAAGAGCCAAAGGUCAAAAGCCAAAAGAAAGAAAAGCCAUCUGAAGCUCCGAAAGAUGAGCCUCGAAAAAAUGAAACCGAGAAAGAGCGUCCCGUUGAAACAGCAGAGAAUGUGUCCGAAGAAACGAAAGAAAAAGAAUCCAGCCUAUUUUCUAAACUGAAAAAGUCGCUUUUUGGC